AUGCUUCGAUCAGCAUGGCGCGCAGGGAGGACGCAUCUCUGCGAGGCCUCGCUAUACCAGCCACCUGCGCUGCGAUGCGGCUGUGCGACAGCUUCCGGCUCGAGAGCUACUGAAUCUGCAGGGCUCUCGCCCCGAUCUUCACGCUUGCAAGUCCAUGCCAAGGUGUCGACACUCGAGCCGUCUCGUCGCUUCUCGAGCUCAGCGCUGUGUCAGAAAGCGGUGCCAGCUGCUUCCAGCUCGGCUUCUAAAGCCAUGGCAGAGGCUCGAGACGUCUCCAAGUUCGACCGGCUAGAGACGAGGACCUUCUCCAUCAUCAGCCACGUGGAUCACGGUAAAUCAACGUUAGCAGAUCGACUGCUUGAGCUUACCGGAACAAUACCUUCAGAUGGCUCAAAUCAGCAGGUGCUCGACAAGCUGAAAGUCGAGAGAGAAAGGGGCAUCACCGUCAAGUCUCAAGCAGUGACGAUGGUGUACGACUAUCAUGGGCCGGACGAAGACUUCAUUUCGGCCUUCGACGACGGCUUCGCGCCCAGGGCAGGGAGAUAUCUGCUCAAUCUGAUUGACUGCCCUGGUCACGUCGACUUCUCCUACGAGGUUAGCCGGUCGCUCUCGGCGUGUCAGAGCGCGCUGCUCGUGGUGGAUGCAACUCAAGGUGUUCAGGCACAGUCAAUCACGGUGUUCGAGCUCGCCAAGCAGAAGGACCUCACCAUCGUCCCGGUGCUCAACAAGAGCGAUCUGCCUGCCGCCGAUCCGGAGCGCUGCUCCAUACAGAUGGAAGAGAUCCUCGGCAUCGACACCACACUACCAGGACAAGAGCGGCUCUUGAUAUCCGCCAAAACGGGCAAGGGCGUCGACAACGUCUUGCGUGCCCUUGUGGAGCGGACAAAGCCACCACCAGGUGUCGAGGACGGCAAGCUGGAAGGUCGGGAAGGGCCAGGAUUCCGAGCGUUGGUGUUCGACAGUUGGUACGAUCAGUACAAGGGUGUCGUGUCGCUUGUAUCGAUCGCGGACGGUGCGGUCAAGAAGGGCGACCGAAUCACGUCGUGCCACACGGGCAAGCGAUACGAAGUGCUCAGCAUCGGUGUCAACUCGCCUGACAUGAUUGCUACGGACGUCUUGCGAAAGGGACAAGUCGGCUGGAUCAUCGCCAACAUGAAAGACAUGAGCGAAGCACAGAUCGGCGACACGUUCCAUCUCGCGUCAGAAAAGGUGGAACCGCUGGAGGGAUUCGCACCGACAGUGCCCAUGGUGUACGCCGGCAUCUUUCCCAUCGAGACGACCGACUUCUUGAAGCUGGAGGAAGCCAUACAGCGACUUGCGCUCAACGACCGAUCGGUCACGGUGCAGCGCGAAUCAUCGAUGGCGCUUGGUCAGGGCUGUCGCCUCGGCUUCCUAGGUCUCUUGCAUCUCGAUGUCUUCCGUCAAAGACUUGAGGACGAGUACGGACACGCCAUUCUGGUCACAGCACCGUCCGUGCCAUAUAAGGUGACAUGGCGCGAUGGACGUGAAGAGAUCGUUUCGAACCCUAUCAACUUUCCCGACGAUUCGGAGCGCAAGGCCAAGAUCAACCUGCUGGAAGAGCCGAUGGUUCGAGGCGUGGUCCGCUGCCCUGAAGAGUACACGGGCGAGAUCAUGCAGCUAUGCGCCGAGCACCGCGGAGAACAGCUCGACGUCUCCUUCCCACCGUCAGCAUCGGCGAUUCGGUCUGUACAGAUGACCUAUCGACUGCCGCUGUCCGAGAUCGUCACCGACUUCUUCGACAAGCUCAAGUCGUGCUCGUCCGGGUUUGCGUCGUUCGAGUACUCUGAGGAUGGCUAUGCAGCGAGCGAUUUGGUCAAGCUCAACUUCCUUAUCUCGAACACGGUGCUCGACUCGCUCUCGAUCAUCAUGCACCGGUCCAAGGUCAUGUACAAUGCACGACAGUGGACCAAGAAGCUGAAGGAUAUCAUUCCUCGCCAGCAGUUUGAGGUGUCGAUCCAAGCAACGACGGGCAGCAAGGUGAUUGCGCGAGAAACGCUGUCGGCUUAUCGUAAGGACGUCACUGCUGGCCUAUACGGCGGGCACUACGAACGUAAGCUGAAGCAUCUCAACAAGCAAAAGGAGGGCAAGAAGAGACUCAAGGCGCUCGGUGUCGGUAGGGUCCAGAUUCCCACGGAGAAAUUCCUCGAGGUACUCGAUACUCGCUCCAAAGCGUCGAAGUAA